AGUUAGCCACGUCACCAAUAACGACUUAGCAAUUACAAUUUACAAGCGCGCUCUAUAACGGUCGGCCUCCCUUUUCUUUCAUCCCCAAAUCCUCUUCCAAGUCUUCUUUUUCCAUUUUCUUCUUCGUUUUGAUCUGUACGGACUUCUACUUCCAGGAUUUCAAUUUCGGAAACGUCCUCACGGUGUGGAGUUUCUCCCUCCCCCAUCAAAGCUCCGAUUUUUUUGCGCUAUAUCACUGGAACCAAUGGAUCUUUCUAUAGUCGACGACCGCAUCAAAGAGUCGAUUGAUUACAUCAUAGGACUUCCUGUGUCGACUAGCACGCUUGAGGUGAAGUAUCGGGCAGUGUCAGAAUUGGAAAGACUUCUACUGCAGUCAAAAUUGGAGGAUAAAGACCUAACAAUCGAAUGCGUUAGGAAACUAGUUUCUGAGUGCAGCCGUCUUUUGAGCUUUGGUAAGAAAUUGGAACAAGAGUGUUCGUUACAUGAUCGUGAUAGGGAAUCAAUGAUUCAUUUAAUGAACGAAGCUGAUAAACGUGCUAAGGAUGCUGAGGUUCGAAAUGAAGAAUUGGAUGAGAAAAUGAAAGGAUUGUCAGAGGAACUGGUGUUCUACAAAUGUAAUGAUGAGAAGCUUGUGGCUGAUACAUCUCCAGGCACAACUACUCAAGACACUCUUCUUGAGUCUAUUUUAGGAACAUUGGUUAAUGAGGAGAAUGCUGCAUAUGGACGGUUGUUUGUGGAAGCUAACAGAAGCAAUGAGUCGUGUCAAAAGUUGCUAGAAAUGUGGAAUUCUUUAAAGCCAUCGACUCAAAAAGUCAUGUCAAUAGCUGCUCAGUUGAAGAUAGUAGAGACUGAGAAGGAGCAUCUGAAAAUGAGCCUUUGUAAAGCUGAAGAAUUGGUCAACAAUCUUUCUGCAGAAAACACUGCACUGGAACUUGAUCACAAGAAAUUACUAUCAAUGUACUACUCCGUAGGUUCAACUGAAGUGCAUAGAAGCAGCACACCGCCUAAGUCAAAGUGGAAGUUUAGUACAAUGAUGAACUACCCUGUUGAGAAGAAGAUUGAUUUUACUGUUGCAGAUAUGGAUAUAGAGACACUGCCCCCAUCACCCAUUCAUCAUUGCGACAAUGCUUAGGAGGGAGGAAUAACCGUGAAAGAUUUUUGUAUAGACUACUGUUAUGAUGUGACUCUAUUGGAACAACAGUUAUUAUAGUUGGUAGGUUCACAGAGAAAUCAAAGGAAGCAAUUUUUGCCAUUUCGAUGAGAAAUCAGAUGUGUUUUUUUUUUUUCCUUUCGUUGGCAUAUGAUGCGACAGAUUUAGAAACUAGUAUCUUACUUACCAAUUUUGUAAUAUGACAGUACAUUUGAGAUUUGACUACAUAUAAUAAAGCUUUAACUGUUGUUUCUA